AUGUACAAAACGAGCGGAAACACUACGAACCUCUUGGAUCAUCUUAAGCGGUCGCACCCUUUGCUUAUUGAACCCACAAAGUCUGACCCCACACUAGAAGGCUAUUUUCCAAAAAAAUCCAAUUCCACCUAUGAAAGCAAUUCCUCGCGGAAAGCAGAACUGGAUUCAGCUCUCGCAAGAAUGAUUGCUUCGGAUAUACAACCGUUUCGUAUAGUCGAAGACAAGGGGUUUAGGGAGUUCGUGCAGUGUCUGGACCCGCGGUAUAAAUUGCCAUCCCGACCUACUAUUCAAAAUGUUCAUUUGCAGAAAAUAUUUGAUGAUUUGGAGAAAAAAUUGCAAGCUAACCUUAAUAAUAUCGAUAGCUGUGCUAUAACUACAGAUGGUUGGUCAUCAAAGGCGAAUGAAAGCUAUAUCACCGUUACGUGCCAUUUCAUAGACAGCGAAUUUAAAUUGCGAUCGGUUGUUUUAGGGACAUCGAAGCUUGCAAAUGAACUGAAUCACUCAGCUGAAAAUAUUUCACAAUCACUGCGUGAGUGCCUAAACAAAUGGAAUAUACUUGAAAAAGUUAACUACGUGGUUACAGACAACGCUGUUUCAAUGCUUAAGGCUUGCGAACUUCUUGAGAAAAAAAAUUUACCCUGUUUUGCACAUUCCAUCAAUCUUGUGGUGCAAGAUGCUUUGUCGACGGAAAAGGUCAAAGUAAUUCUAACAAAAUGCAAACGUAUAGUGGCCUACUUUAAAAGCAGCACUAUUGCUUAUGCAAGAUUAAGGAAGGAGCAGGGGGAUGGAAAACAGUAUAGCCUUAUUCAGGAAGUGCCUACAAGGUGGAAUAGCGCGUUUGCUAUGAUGCAACGAAUUUUAGUCAUCAAAGAUGCAAUAUUUUCAGUACUUUUAAGCACACCAAAAGCACCACAGGUUUUUACAGCAGACGAGGUAGAGCAACUUGAAGAUUUGUGUUUAUUAUUGGGACCAUUCAACGCAAAUACAAACAUUAUAUCGGGGAACCAAUACGUGACGAUUUCGCAUAUAAUUCCUAUAGUCUGGGGUUUAUAUUCCACGAUGUUGAAGUCGAAAUGCAAAUUGAAAACAGCUGUGGGAUUAGACACAUGUACGUACUUAGCCGAAAGAAUUCACCAGAGGCUUUUUAUUUACGAAACCAGAAGUGCUUCAAGGCUGGCUACCCUAUUAGACCCGAGGUUUAAAAAGGAAGGCUUUCGGUCUGCUCAAAAUGUAUCACAAGCAUUCGCUGUACUGGAAAAUGAAUUAGCUGAGGUGAAAAGAAUUACUGCGUCGACAUUGGAGGGCGACAUACAGGAACCGUCAACAUCUAAAAGUAUGGAAGUACCUGAAAUUUACGAAUUUAUGAAAGAAAAACUUUCCUGCAAAAUAAAAUCAAAUAGAGCCGAUUCUGUUAUCGCUUUACGUGAAUAUGCGGAAAAGCCCAAUGAACCUUUAAAUUCAGACCCAUUGGAGUACUGGAAGACUAGAACGUCUGAUAUGCGACAUUUACAAAUUUUAGCACUCAGGUACCUCUGCAUUCCAGCUACUUCAAGCGAAUCGGAACGAAUGUUCAGCAAGGCUGGGGCCGUAAUAUCCGACAGGCGUACUAGACUUAAAGAAAAAAAUGUAAACAUGCUCCUUUUUAUAAACAAAAACUCAUGGAUGAUCUCGUGAAUACGUAUUGUUAAAGAAGUUCGUUGUUUUCCACUUUUCUGUUAA